CUAAAAACCGGAAAGCGAAUUUUUGGAAAAUGACGUUUUAUGUCAAUUUGAUUUAGAUCUAGAAUCUAGAUUCUAGUUUAAAAGAUAAAAAGAACAAAGUCCGUUAUAGAAUCGUCAAGGCUAGUAUCAGAGUUAAGUGAUACAUUUAAAAAUGAGUCUCAGUACGUUUAUUUCCAAGUUUAUCAGCUUUAUAAUGGGAGGAUUGACAUUCAUUUUCUUCAACCUCAGCAUUUUCAGCCCAUAUUGGGGUGGAAUCACCAACAUAUUUGGCAACGUUAUUGCCGUCCAGAAUUUGUAUUUUUCCUGCGAUCUAAAUACGUGUACAGAUCUUGAGGGCGGGGCCCUAGUAAACACAUGUAAAACUAUCGUCAGCAUCAUGCUUAUCGUCUAUUAUGCCAGUGUCAUUCUGCAAAUUCUGGCAUUUUUUCUUAGCUUUCUGCGCCUGACCCGUGUGUAUGGCUUUAUUUACCUCGGAUUAGCUGUAGGUGUGCUGAUGUUGCUCAUUGUCUUCCCGACCGCCGUGUAUCCACUAGAUGCGGAACCAGGUCGCGACUUGUUGUGGGGAUAUUGGUGUCUCCUAUUCACAUUCUUUUUGCUGUUGGGCACCGCUUCGGACUGCCUGAGAUUUACCAACGACACCUACCCAGGAAUCUGAAGAGAAAAUGUUCCAGCGCUAGACGUCUUGGAUAUGAAACACCUCCAUUCACUGCCUGAACUUUGUAAUUUUGAAAAUAUGUUAAUAUUUAUAAUUAGUACUUUAAUCAAUACAAUUAAGUUAUUUAUUUUAUGUUAUUAUCAUUUUAUUAUAAGUAGCAUUGGUAGCAUUAGUUUAAUUUUUUUUCUUAUUCUUAGUAUGCUUUAUAAGCUUAAUCAUUAUAACUGUAAUCUGUAUCAUCAUCUUUAAGUGUAUUCAUAGCAGCAUCAUCAAAAUAGUUAAUGUCAUUAACUAUUGUCAUUAUAAUUAAUAUAGUAAUCUGCAUUAUAAUUGCUAUCCUUUCAGUUAUUAAAGUUGUUAUAGUAUUUACAGUUUA